GCAGUUACUCGACUGACGCCGUCCUGCCCCUACCUCUACUCUAUUUAACUGGCACAAUUACAAUAAGCUUGUCGCCAUAUUCAUGUUAUGUCUGAAUACGAGGGAGUUCUUAAAUAUCACUAAACCAGUGCCGAUACGUUGUUUUUAUUUAACAUUUUUGGUCCCGAAAACGCUAUUUACGUAUCGUGGAGUUUAUUUUGCACACCUAAUAAGACCAGAAUUCAAAGGAAACUUUUCAUAAUGAAGUGUUUUGUGAGUGUCUAAAGUGGGUGUAUAGUUAAGUGACCCAGUGUCGCCAAAAUACGUCGUUUAGAGUUAAAUGUGCGCGUGAGUGUACGCGAAAGAUUGCAAUGGAAUGGGGAUGAAGUCAUUAAGGGUUGCCCGCACCGAGGUUCCGACGGUAUGCGCCUGUGCGGGUGUUGUAUUGUAGGCGGAGGUCGGAAAUCGUCCGAUCCAGAUGAGACUGCCCGUACAAGGUCUCGGACGCCCAGCGUCUCAGAUGAGGGUGGGUUCAAUGAACCCUCACCAGAAGUGGUGGCGAGGCUCCGGCCCGCAGAGUACCGAGAGCCUCCUCUGCCACUCACACGCGAUAUCCGUGAUGCUGAACGAGCCAGAUCCGACCCGGAUACAUUAUCUGUUCAGCAGCAGGACUCGGGUGUAGUAGUAAGCGAAGCUAGUCAAGGCUCCAUAGAGGUGCUCGACAAAUCGACCACCAGCCAAUGGAGUGUGUCGGAGGAUAACCCCCCGGAGCCACGCGGCAGUGAUACCGCAGAUUACGAUGAUGCAGACGCCAAACAGCCUGACAGUAUGACGCCAGAUGAAGCUGAAAUACUUUUAAGCUCCAGUAUUCUGGAGAAAAAACUUAGGCAAGAAGCUCUGCUGUCUGAUGAGCAGGCUCAAGAGAUAGUGGCGAUGCUGUCGCCGCACGCGUUGCCUCACGAUAACGGUGUCUCGCUCAACGACAGCUACCAGUCCAUGCUCUCUUAUGAGAGCAUGCAGUCAGUGGACGAGAGCUACGAGUUCGUUUCACUGGAAGCGGACGCGGGCGCGGGAGGCGACGCGCGCGUACAACCGGAACAAAGCGAAGCGGAGAGACCGCUCGAAAGUACGAUACAGAACGAAGCGGAGGUGGAACCGGAAUCCACGGAACCGGAUAAUGUCUUUGAAAGCUACCCGCCCAGGUCGCUCAGAGAACUGGCAGAGGAAAAUGGAAUUCACUACUUCGAAGAUGGACACUUUUAUACUGAAGUCGCUGGUCUCCCACCAAUAGAAGAAGAUGACGAUGAUGAUUACUACCCACCAGUAUUUGUGAAAAAGAGCAGUAGAGUUAAAUUUAGUACCAAUCCAAUGCAAGUAUUUUCAACCCACUCUGUCCGGGAAUACGAUCGCCGCAAUGAAGAUGUGGACCCGGUGGCUGCGUCUGCUGAAUACGAGCUGGAGAAGAGAGUGGAGAAGAUGCACGUGUUUCCGGUGGAUCUCGUUAAGGGUGCUGACGGACUUGGAUUGUCGAUUAUAGGUAUGGGAGUAGGCGCAGAUGCGGGUUUAGAGAAAUUGGGUAUUUUCGUAAAAACCAUCACUGAGAGUGGGGCCGCCGCAAGAGAUGGACGUAUACAGGUCAACGAUCAGAUUAUAGAGGUUGAUGGGAAGAGCUUGGUUGGUGUAACUCAAGCAUAUGCCGCAUCAGUCCUUCGCAACACAUCUGGACCGGUGAAGUUCCUCAUCGGAAGAGAGAAGGAUCCGGAUAACAGUGAAGUGGCCCAUCUUAUUAGACAGUCUCUUGCCGCUGAUAGAGAAAGAGAGGAAAGAGCAAACCGUGAACGGCAAAGGAGACAAGCUGCUGAAGAAGAGGAUACUCAUCCAACAACUGAAGUUGCUGCUUCUGUCCGACAUCCUGAUAUAUUACAGCUCAAGUCACUCGUUAAUGAGCUGAUAGGAAUGGAGGCCGGUGGAGGCAGCGGUGCGGAGAUAACGUGUCGGAUGCGCGAGUGGUGGUCGCAAAGGGCGCCUCCACACGAAGAUGUAGAAACUUUGAGGGAAGCACUCGCUAGGGCUGCAGACUCAGCCACUGCUGCCACGCACAAGUAUGAAAAGGCGAAACGUGCUCUACGCGAAUGGCGACGUACGCGUUCAAUGGUGCGUGCUCGUGAAGAAUGGUGGAGCAAUACGUUGCGAGAUGCCCACAGGGAGUACGCGGCUGCGCUUUCUGCGUUACACGAUCGAGUUGCCAGACUUGAGGUGCUAUUGCUGGAAACGCAGAAAAAGGCAGGUCUCCCGGUAAUGCUACCGCACGAGCCAUCUGCUCGUAGAGAAACUCCACCUUUGCCAAGAAAAGCCGACCCAGAUCCGCUACUUAUCAAUGAUCCAUGGAGCUCAGACAGCGAUCUCUCCGAUCUAUCGCCUAUAGAGGAUGAAUACGCCAAAGUGGAUAAGUCCGAGAAACGUAGAGAAGCACCCGAUAUCGGUGACGUGACAGCGACAACUGACGCGACACCUGUCACGAACGUGCCAGUGACGUCUUCGCCCGUCAUCUACGCGACUGUAACGAAUGUGACGUCACCGCCCGUAACGCACGUGUCGGCGUCAAACUCUACGCUUGUCACGAACGUGGCUGUUACAACUGCGCAUACCACAGUCACAGAAACUAUGAGUGGAGGCAGCAUAUGCACAAGCGUGACGUCAGCGAGUGAAGGCGGCUUGUCACGCGAAUUAGACGCGGCCGUACCACGCUCGUCGUUACUGGACACGUCCGUACACCGCGCCCGUACCGAGAUCGCCAGACAUAGGCACCACGCGCCGCACAGCCACGCAUCGCAAUCGCCGCAUUCGCUUAGCAAUGCCAGUUCGUAUGACGGCUUAGACGACUCAUACAAUGACUCGGCAGAUGAGUCUUUGAGCGAGUCCACUUCUGGAGCACCGCACGCAUCACACGUAUCUCGCGAUAACCGUCAAAGCUGUGGUAGUUCCGUGGGCAGUGCUACAGAUGAUGGACUUUAUUCACGAGAUCUCAGACACCAUCAACUAACGGGACCCGCCGCGUCUCUCGCCGAGCAGUUGAAGCAAGUGCUGGCUGAAAGAGAACGACGACUAGCAGGUUCCUCGCCCCAACCGUCCCACCCCGUGGGGCAUGGGACUCACCCAGGGGGCCAUGGGGCACAUCUGGGGCAUCAGACCCACUCUUUACCCCAUCCAGAUCCCGUGCAACUGACUAACGAGCUCGUCGAUGAAAUACGACAGGCCGUUAGUGAAGCGAACGCUAGAGUGAAGAAAGCUCCGACUUGUGUAGUGGACGGCGAAGUGUGGGAGCCGAUCUCGACGGCGGUGAGCGAGGCCAGUCUUUCGCCGCAGCCUCAUCCCACGCCCGUUAACCUCUGGUCCAAACAACAGGUCUGGCAAUGGAUUUCUAGUCUUAGCGAAGGCUUAGAUCGUCACGCUGGCGCCUUCGCCACACGUGGCGUUGACGGAGCCCUGCUUUUGACCCUGGCCUCUGCAGACCUCAAGCUUCUGGGUCUAGGUGGAGACGACCGCCGUCGAAUGAAGCGACGCCUCAAAGAACUUCGCAACGCUCACGAGAAAUACCUAAAAGCCAUCAAGAAAGCAGAAAAGAAGGCAAAGAAGAAGUAGAGUAUGAGAUACAGCUGUUUUGGACGUUUGUGUAUUUUAUUUCUUAAAUUUGUGUGCUAAAACGAGUUUUACUCUCUCGACGUAACUUUAGGGCGCUACCGUUACAUUUUACAAAUCGCGUACUAAUUUGUGAGUUAACUUAACGCGAAUACCUAGUCUCGGUAUGUUUUUGGUUUAAAUAUAAUCUUUUUGAGUUAGUUUCUGCUUAGGUAAAUGUAAAAUUCAGUGUUAUGUCGUGUGAAAUGUUAGCGUAAGAUUAGUCAAAUAUGUCAGCGCUAAUUAACAAUUAUGUCGAAGAUGUUCGAUAUUUCGUUUGAUACUUUAUGUUUUGCCAUUGUAAUAGUUGUAUGGUGAACUAUGUGACUGACGUUAACAAUGAUUAUUGGCUAUUAGCGGUGCCAUCUGAAUAGUUUGUAGUGGAUUAGAGGCGUGACGCUCGCUUUGAACGAUAAAACGAAAGCUGAACGAAUCUGUAAGAAAUAAUAUAUAACACCCAAUCAAUGGAAAUAGAUAACCAAAGGUACAUAUAUAGUAUAAAUACACCUUAAUAUAUUUUCAAUACUGAACUUCUUCGUUGUUCCUACAUUUUGUAUUUGUGUCAGUUUUUCUGAGUUUUUGGUGUGCGGUGAUUGUGUAUGAAUACUGGCUCAAUCUAGUCAUAAGAUCAACUUGUAAGAUUAACGCGAUAUUCAAUACACUAUAAUACUUCAUGAAUUUUCUCUAGAACGUAUAACAUUAGUAUAUGUAAUAUGUAUUCAUCGAUCGAUUAUGACUAUACUUACUCAUUAGCGAUUACAAUCGAAUUGAUUUCUCUAUGGCAUUUGUAAAUUGUAUUUAUUGCACAAAAUGUACUUAGUGGCCAGGUGACUGACUUUAUUAUCGCUAUGUAAACGGGUUAAUCUUAAUGUUUGGUGAUCUCAUGAAGUAAAGAUUUGUCACCGACCUGUUAGGCAAAUUGGGUAUGUCUUUACUGUGCUGAUUUAGAUAUUUGCAGAUAGAUUUUAUCCUAAUUAAACGAGUGUGAAAUAUUAAUCUCAAUAGUUUCUGUAGUCGAUCGCCUUUUGAAAAACAUUCAAUUUUUAUUUCAUUUAAAAAUUACAGGAAAUACAAAUUUAGUGUAGUAAAGGUUUUACCCAUAUCUUCAUGAUUUGUAACAUUCCAACAAAUUAUUUCUUUACAUAAGUAUUACGUAAUACUCUUUGUGGCUAGAUUAUUUUCUAUUCUUUCUCUUACACUUUCUUUUAAGCUAUGUAUUUUGAACUUUAUAUUUUUUUAGCAUUUUCGUGGUCUAGCUUCAAAGAGACAUUCUGCACGAUUUUAUUAUUUUGACAAGCUUUAUUCUAGACGAUUAGUUUUUGUAAUAUUAUUGUCUGCGUUUAUACUGUGAGUGUUUGGUUUCUUAUGAAAUAGAAUGUAAAUAUAGUCUCAAUAUCGACUGAAUGAAGACUUGUUGAGUGCUCGAUGUCCCCAAUUAAAUAUUGGUUACUAAUUGUUUAUAUAAUUAGUUUAAACCGUUAACAAUUGCCAAAACGAAUGUGUAAUUUUUUAUUAAUGUUAUUUGUUUUUUUUUAAUAUAAUUUCCUUAAAUUAUUUAAAUAUUUAUUUUGGGACCAAAUUAAGUUAUUAUGUACUUGCAAUUUAUUUAUGUAUUUGGGUGUGUUCAAGAUAAAGAUUAUUAUUUAAAAGUAAAUAAAGAAACCAAAGUCGAAAUCAUA